AUGGCGUGGUCCAAAUCCCAUCGAAUUUCGGUCAUGCUGGCCAUUGACACCGCAUUCUUCCUACUGGAGCUGGGCGUUGGGAUGUUCGUGGGCUCGCUGGCUCUUAUGGCAGAUGCCUUUCAUAUGCUCAACGACAUCAUCUCCCUCGUCGUCGGCUUGUGGGCUGUAAAAGCUGCAGCGAGACCAAGGUCCGACAAAUACUCAUUCGGGUGGCUGAGAGCAGAGAUUCUCGGCGCCUUCUUCAAUGCUGUAUUCCUCAUCGCACUAUGCCUCUCCAUCAUACUCGAAGCAAUUACUCGUCUCCUCGAUCCUCCAGAGAUCAGCAACUCCAAACUGAUCCUUAUUGUUGGCUCAUUAGGACUCGCUUCAAAUCUUGCGGGGUUCUUUGUGCUAGGAGGACACUCGCAUGGGGAUGCAGAGCACGAUCACCCAGUUGACGAUAUCAGCACUGUGGAGGAAGGACAUGGAACUGGCACUACACAUACCGUGGCAGCAGCAGGGCAUCCAGAUCAACCAGCAACAAAUGCGCGCUCACAGAUUCAGAACAGUUCUUCGAGCAAAAGCGAGACGCAUUCGAGCCUGCAUCGACGACGAAGCAGUCAAUCUGGAGGCCUCGUGGAUCUAAGCAUGUAUCCGGCAAGCUUCAGACAAGGAAUUAUCGUCGCGAGCAAACAUACCGCAGUUGGAGCUAGGGCCACGACUGCGAUUGACCAUUCCGAGCAAGAUGAUGUUACAGAAGAACCCUCCGAGAUCUCUCCACCUUGUGAAAAAAGCAAGUUACUACUCUACUCAGAAGUGCCGCCCCACAGCAAGCCUGCGAGGAAAGCCAGUGUCGAGACUGAUAUGGGCACCAGCGCGAUGAUCUUACACGUCGUUGGAGAUGCGCUCGGCAAUGUAGGUGUGAUUGCAUCUGCACUUAUCAUCUGGCCUACUCCCGCCAAGAUACUACUACAAGGUGCCCCGAAUCAUCUUGACAUCAAUGAUAUCAAGGACAGGAUUCCAGGAGUUGUCAACUGUCACCAUGUCCACCUGUGGCAGUUGAACGAAACACAACCGAUUGCGUCCCUUCACCUUCAACUCGAUUUCCUUAUCGAGCAGGGUGGGGUUGCUGAGAGAUAUAUGAUACUGGCAAAGGCAGUUCGGGAAUGCCUACAUGGUCACGGAAUACACAGCGCUACCGUUCAGCCUGAGUUUUGCCUCAACGAUCAACACGACCAUGCAGCCCGGGCGCACCCACCUGCAAGUCCAGACGGCUCUCGGUCUCCGCGUAAAAGCAGCCCGUUAGAUGAAGACGCAUGCCUCAUCAGAUGCAUAGAUGACUGCAAGGAAAGAAGCUGUCUUUGA